AACCCGUCAGGAAGGGACAUAAACAAACAAACCCGGGGCCGCAUGGAGGGGCCGGGCCGGGCCGCGCGGGGCUGCGGCCCCCGCUGAGCGCCAAGUCGACAAAUAGAAAAGCUCCAUCAGGGUGAACUGAAGUUAUCCUAAAGAAAAAUUUCAUUGCAUGGAUGGUGUAAACUCCCUGAGACUGAAGUAAAGCUGGAAAGGAAUCUACAAGUGAAUAAAACAAGAAGUUUGGAAUUGGAUUUGGGGAAUCUGGGCUUGGAAAUGCCUCAGCCCAGUGUGAGUGGAAUGGACCCUCCUUUUGGGGAUGCCUUUCGGAGCCACCUGUUUUCAGAGCAGACCCUGAUGAGCACGGAUCUCCUGGCGAGCAGCUCGGAUCCAGACUUCAUGUAUGAACUGGACAGAGAAAUGGACUAUCAGCAAAGCUCCAGGGACAACUUGCUUUUCAUGGAGGACUGCAAAGACCUUGAGAACUUGGAGUCUUUUACAGACAUCCUGGACAAAGAAGCUGCUUUCACCUCCAAGUGGGAGCAGUGGGAUACCUACUGUGAAGACCUAACUAAGUACACUAAAUUAACCAGCUGUGACAUCUGGGGAACAAAAGAGGUGGAUUACCUGGGCCUCGAUGACUUCUCAAGCCCGUACCAGGAUGAAGAGGUGAUAAGCAAAACACCCACACUGGCUCAGCUGAACAGCGAGGACUCCCAGCCUGUCUCAGAUUCACUCUAUUACCCUGAUUUGCUCUUUAGUGUGAAACAAAACCCUUUAAAUCCUUUGUUACCUGGCAAAAAGAUGGCGAGCAGAGCAGCGGCCCCGGUCUGCUCCUCCAAGAACGUUCAGGCCGAGGCCGCGCUGUCGGACUGUGCCCAGAAGGCCAGCAAGGCUGGCAGCCAGCCUGCUUCCAGCACACAGAUCAUGGCCAAGACCAGCGUGUACAGCAGUGAAAAGGUGAACAUUCACGUUGAAUGUAAAGACUAUGUUAAAAAAGCAAAAGUAAAGAUCAACCCCUUGCCGCAGAGCAGGCCGAUGCUGAGCCAGGCGCACGCUGACGCGGCCAAGGAAAACACCUGCUACUGUGGGGCUGUGGCAAAGAGACAGGACAGGAAAGGACUUGAGUCCCCCCAUGCUCACAGCACAACUCCUGGUUUGCCUUUUAAAGAGACUCAAGAGCUGCUCCUCAGCCCCCCCCAGGAGAGCCCGGGGCUGGCUGUGGGGGAGAGCAGCCUCUCCGCCAGCGCCUCCGUGUCCGACUCCUCGCAGAAGAAAGAAGAGCACAAUUAUUCUCUUUUUGUAACAGACACUUUGGGUGAACAGUCAGCCAAAGCUGAGCCCGAGGAGGAGGAGGAGGAUGAGGAUGAUAUUGAAGAUGAGGACCACGAUGAAGGGUUUGGCAGUGAGCACGAGCUGUCUGAGAAUGACGAUGAGGAGGAGGAUUAUGAGGACGAUAAGGACGAUGACAUCAGUGACACAUUCUCAGAACCAGGGUAUGAAAACGAUUCUGUGGAGGAUUUGAAAGAAAUGACUGCGAUCUCCUCUCGGAAGAGAGGCAAGCGGAGAUACUUCUGGGAGUACAGCGAGCAACUGACACCGUCCCAGCAGGAGAGGAUGCUGAGGCCCUCGGAGUGGGACAGGGACACCCUGCCCAGCAACAUGUACCAGAAAAAUGGGCUCCACCAUGGAAAAUAUGCGGCAAAGAAGUCACGGAGGACUGAUGUAGAAGACCUGACUCCCAACCCCAGAAAACUCCUCCAGAUUGGUAAUGAGCUGAGGAAGCUGAACAAGGUGAUCAGUGACCUGACACCCGUCAGUGAACUGCCCUUAACUGCCAGACCCAGGUCAAGGAAAGAAAAGAACAAGCUGGCUUCCAGGGCUUGUAGACUAAAAAAGAAAGCCCAGUAUGAAGCCAAUAAAGUGAAACUCUGGGGUCUCAACACGGAAUAUGAUAAUUUACUCUUUGUCAUCAACUCCAUCAAACAAGAAAUAGUUAAUCGGGUGCAGGUGCCUAAAGAUGACAGAGGAAUCAACAUGGAACAAAAGUUGAACAUACUUAUUAAAGACACUCUUGGACUCCCUGUAGCUGGCCAGACGUCGGAGUUUGUGAACCAGGUGCUGGAGAAGACGGCGGAGGGAGACCCCACGGGCGGCCUGGUGGGGCUCAGGAUACCCAUGGCCAAGGUGUAGGGCAGGACUGAGCUGCUCCUGGGGCAGGUUCUGCCUGUGCUGCCGAGUUUCUCGCUGUAAAUGGCAUUCUGGUCUGCAUGUCAGCUUAGCAUUCUGUAAACACUCACCUGUAGGUUCCAUUGGUUUCAAGUAACAGUGUAGGAAAACAAAUCACGGCGUGGUAGAAAAUGCUGCAGAGCAUUUUUGGACCAUAAACCAGAUAGUUUCAAAGCUGCUUCAAGCUCAAGGGCAGAAAUGAGAGUUCUCUUUCAAAUGAUCUAGGACCAGAAUAUAUCACUUUUGUUUUAGAAGCAAAAACAUGGAUUUGCUAGAGAAAAAAAUAUUUUAGCAUUUGCCAGACAUUGUGACAGGUUUAUGGUCCAAGUGAAGUAAGAGAAAGCAUUUUUUUGGUGAAGCUGUCAAUGUAGGGAGUUUUUUGUUCUUUUUAUUUUAUUUUUAAAUAAUUGGAUUUUCUUUCCUUGUUCUUAAAAAAACCAGUAAGCUUUCUUUGCAACCAUUAACUUGUACAUAGCACACACAGCAUUAGAGCUAGUGUGCCAUAUAAGAUUUUAAUUUUCUGAGCUUAAUAGAGUAUUUAAAUGUCCGUGCAAGCAAGAGAAAACAAAAGUAUAUUCUUUGUGCCUUGUAUUUUGUGGGGAGAGCUAUCAGUAUAAGCUGGUAAAGUUUUGUAUGAAGAAAACCCUGAGGGGCAAAACCGAGCUGUAUAGAUGGUGAGAUUUUAGGUUUUAAUGUAUUUGUUCCAGCUCUUAAAAAUUUUUGAAUGUAUAUAGGAAUAUGUUGAAAAUGUAGAUAUAUGCCACAGAGUCUAUGUAUUGUAUAAAAGAUGGCUCUAGAAAACUCAAUUUCGGUACUUUGGCCGGAAGAAAACAAAUACUUGCACAUUAAUGCGAUUGUUUAUUUUUGUACCAAAGACAAAUGCAACUGAUAUGGCGAACUGCCAGUCUAAGUAAAGUUUUGCACAGCUUAUAUGAUACUGUACUGAAUGUAAAAACAAAAGAAAAAAAGAAAAAAAAUUAAAGGUCAGGGUUAGGGAUCUUACUGAACUGUGAAUUUUUUUGUUUGGGUCCAAUUAUCUACAGAAGGAGCAUUCAUACAUAACAAUAUUAUUUUGCUGUUCUUGUAGUUCGCUUCCAUGGUAGAUAAGUUGGUGGCCGUCUUGGAGUCUUUAAAUCUUUUUUCUCUGCACUUACUGUAGGAGAUUUUAAUAUAUUUGGAUUUUAGUAAGCUAUUGGUAAAAUAGUUUUCGACUUUGAGAAUUUACAAAAAGAAGUAUUUAGCUUGUUGUAGUAUACUUCCACCAAACAACCAAAAUAAAAUUAUUUUUAUUGUAACGUGUAUAUAUGUAAAGAGGAAAAAAAAGAGCUACAAAUAUCUAAUUCCUUAGUUGCCACUUUUCCAGUUGAUGUAUUAUUAUGCAUGUGAUGUUUCCAAGGAUCAACACAGGCUUCAAACAAAACAAAAAAAAAUUUAUAGACUUUUAUAUUUUUGUACAGGUAUUUCGAAACUAGCUUCUUCAGACUUAUAUGUGACUUAUUCUUGUUAAUUCAGUAGUUUCUAUGAUUGAAGAAUAUUAACACAAAGUUCUUAUUUGCUCUUCUGCUAAUAAGAGUUGGCUUUGUAGUCAGUGUUAACGUACAGAUAAAAGCUUUAGCCUUUGAUGAGAAAGUCCUUUAUCUCAAGGCAAGAUCAUUCUCUGGUUUCAUGGACCCCCCCUUCUUUUCCUCCCUGUUCUUUCUCUCCCUAUUUAAAGAUGACAAAACACUGUUUACUGAAAAUAGAAAUACCAAAUAUUUUCAAAUGUAGCUGCUGAAAAAAAAAUGCAAAAGUCCAUGAAGGCUUUCUCCCCACUCCCUUUGGGGAACUUCUCCACUUCGUUUCUAGUUUGUCUGAGUUUGUUUGUACUGUGAUUCCUUUUUGUUUAUAAGUAGAUUAUUUUUGUAUCCAAGCUUGUACUAUAAGAGAAAAAAGCCUGAAUUGGUAACAGUGGCCGGUGAAAGUGGUGGCCCUGCCACGCUCACAGCUUCCUUUGUACCUAAAUAUUUUGGAAGACUCAGAAGGGAGGAGGAGGCCAAAAUACCACUACUGAGCUGUACAGAAAGUCUUUCCUACAAGAGACUGAACAAAUACCCAGGGCAAUUUAGGCAAAAGUUUGUAAAUCCACUUAAGGCUUGCAAAAUCUGAGUGGAAUGUGGGUGUUUUCCUUUGAGGCGUUUGUGGUGGUGUUGUUGUUGUUGUUCAGGUGAGGUGAGAGUUGGCUGCUGCUUCCCACGGUGGGUCUGGUGUAUUCCUCUUGUUCUUGUGGAGCUGCCCAGGGCCCCCCAAACCCCAACAGAGAAUGUGUCCUGUGAGGUGCAGGCUGUGCCUGAGCAGGGCUGAGCACGGAGCUUGUCCCUGUGCUCCAGCCAAACCCUGCAGGCCAGGCAGCAUCUCAGCAUGGAGAGAGAGCAGUUUGAAAUCAGGUAAAAACUUCUGGGACAAAUUCAACUGACAAGGUAUUUAAAAGCCCCCCCUUUUCUUACUGCCUGGGAAUCCUGGGCAACACACAACUUUAUAGCUUUUUAUUUUUGUCUGAAAACCAGACUAUGAUUUUGGUCUCGCAUUUCAAAGUAGACUUUGAAUCUUUAGUGAGUUCCAUACCCUCGCAUUUCAGUGUUUCCUAUGUAUUAUUUUAAGUUAAAGCUUUGAAAUAGUUGAGCUUUUUAAUGUUGACACUUUAUUUUGUAACUAUUUAUAUGUAUGUAUAUCUUAGAAAAGCACUUUGUUUAAAAAAAAAAAGAGGAAAAAGAAAAAAAAAAAGAAACUGCGUUUUAUAUGAUUCCUGCCACUUGCUGCUAACUCUGGGCUGGUCAGAAUGCUGCAGCGAUACUUGAGAUAAAUAAAACCUGGCAGUAAAAUGUAGAGUAAAGGUAAGACCUUUUGCUGGUUUAACUUUAUCAUAAAGGUGACAUAGGCAAGCUGUGCAGCUUUACAUUUUAACCAGGGGACUCUGUGGCAUUUAAACCGUCUAGAAAUGGUUGUACUUUAAUGCCAGUAACAAUCUGCUUCCUCUAGUGUCAUUAAAAUAUAUACAUUUAGUGUAUACUUAUCACAAACAAAAAUCUUAUAGGGUAUAAAAACCAACAAAUGUACAUGUUCUGUUUUUUGGCAAUUGUGGCAUGCGUUUUGGGGUGAUCUUUAGAGAAGACCAUUUUCUAAAGAUUUUCAGUGUUCAUACAUAGUAUGUGGAUCUUAACGAAGUCCUGGGGGUUUUUUUUUUGUUUGUUUUUGAGUGUAGGCAUUGUGAAUAUUCACUUUUAAUCCUAUAUCCAAAAACAAUGAUCUAUUUUUUUGAUUUAAUACAACCAGAAAGCUCUUCCUUUUUCUGAUACACUGGAUUCUCUAGGAUUUGUUUCCAUAUUAAAAGCAUGCUGUCAUAACUGCUCUUGUCGAGAUCUCGUCAGUCUGAACGUAGGUGCCACACUUGGAAUCGAUGGGCUGCUUGUUCUGCUGUACCAUGUAUGACCCUCGUCCUUCCCCUCCCUUCAUGACAGAUGAUGAUGUGGCUUUAUAUUGUGCCUUACUUGUACAUCUAGAACUAAGUGUUUUUCAUUCCCUCUGAACUCGUCCAAGCUUCUGAGGUGGAAUCAGAGCUGAUGUAGGCGUGCUGGAGCGAGUGCGGACAGGGCUGAUUUCAGCUUCUCUCAGUAGUCCUUUUGUAUUUCUAUGGAAGACCAGUUUUUGAAUGGCCUUGCAAAACGUGGGGGUGCUCCUGAAGGGUGUUUUUAAACCCAAAACCCCUUUUGCUAACGCUUCCUUUUAUGGUUUAUUGAACACAUUUACUGAUAUUUGGUGAGUACUUUUUGUUUUUUGGGAUGAGAGAGACUUACUACUAAAGCUAUGUUUACGGGCUGGAUUUUCUUAUCAUACCAGUUGAAAUCAUUGUGAUUUAAUAAAGUUGUAUUGCUGUAAAGCUGAUGUGAGAGUCAAGCUCAGCUGUGUUCAGUUCCUAAUUUAUAGAUUGACUUUUUUCCAUACUAAGAGGGCCAGGGAAAAGUUGGGGUUUUUAAAAAAAAGCAAACAAACAAAAAACCAACCUAAAACGGAUGAAAGGUCUUUUAACUAACCUAAAAGCAAACAGACACUUUGGAAAUGUAGAAGUGUCAGUUUAAAAUUUAUUUUUAAAAGACACCCCCCAAUAUUUAUCUAAUAUUUGCCUUCGUUAAUGAAACAACUUAUUCACAGCUAUAAUGACUGGAUGUGCUUUUCCAUAAAUCAUUUAAACAUAGCUUUUUUUUUUUUUUUUUUCUUU